AUGGCUGGCUCAUCAGACGAUAAUGGCUCGUCCAGCAAUGGCAAUGGGGGCCACCAGGGCCAAAGUCCCGACGUCGACAACACUGUUCAUGUGCGAGAACCAAUCCCCGACAACUCCAGUGUUCCAAAGCCGAAGCGGCUAGCAUGCAUGAUUUGCCGAAAGCGCAAGCUCAAGUGCGAUGGAGUUCGUCCAAGCUGUAGCACAUGCUCGCGAUUGGGUCACUCUUGCGCCUAUGACGAACAGCGGCGAAAGAGCGGUCCUAAGAGAGGAUAUGUGAAGGCCCUCGAAGAGAGACUGAUCCCGGCCAUCAAUAGCCCAAACCCCAAAGGCAUCAACAUGUCCAUGCCUGGAGCUCACAACCCACAGACGGCGACACCAAAUCUUGGCGUCGCUAAUGCAUCCAUGGGCAUGGGAGGUGAUCGCGACAUGGACAAUAGAUGGCAGCAUUUCAGUGGCGAGUCUCCGCAAGCUGGAGCCAACAUGGAGGACUUCAACUUCAACUCCAACAUGGGCAUGCCGAUGAAUAACGUUGGAGGAGGCAAUUUCACCUGGGAAAUGAUUGGCCUUGGGCUAGAAGAACCGUUGCCACCACAGGAAACCAUUGAUGAACUCCAUCAAGUUUACUUCGAGAAGGUUCACCCGUCCAUGCCCAUGAUCCACCGCUACCGUUAUCUCGCUGCCAUGAAUCUAGCACCAAAUCAGCGACCGCCAGUGUGCUUGCGAUACGCCAUGUGGACUUUGGCGUGCUCCAUCACUGAUAAAUAUGUAGAUUUAAAGGACCUGUUUUAUCAGAGAGCGCGCAAGUAUGUUGAGGCAGAUUAUGUAAAGGGAUACGGCGAGCACAUGAUUUCUGUCGCACAUUGUCAGACGCAUAUCCUACUGGCCGCUUAUGAAAUGAAAAUGAUGUACUUCCCCCGUGCUUGGAUCAACACCGGUUCGGCAGUCCGUCUUGCCCAGAUGAUUGGUCUACACCGGUUAGACGGUACUGGGCUGGAUGUUAAGCAAUGUCUCCCCCCGCCCAAGGACUGGACAGAGCGCGAAGAGCGGCGGCGCACAUUUUGGAUGGCUUUCUGCGAAGACCGGUAUGCAAGCAUUGGUACCGGAUGGCCAAUGACGAUUGAUGAAAAGGAUAUCAUGACCAAGAUGCCAGCUUCUGAUGAGGCCUUUGACAUGAGCCGGCCUGAGCAGACGCUGACCUUGCAAGAAUGCACUGGCCCGCCCGGUGUCGGUAAACUCUCUUCGUUUGGUGGCGUUGUACUUAUGGCGUGUCUAUUCGGACGCAAUCUGAUACAUCUUCAUCGACCUGACGAUGAUGAUCUUGACCAUGACCUCAACGGGCCCUUCUGGAAACGGCAUAGACAGAUGGACAAUAUCCUCCUGAACACAUCGCUAGGUCUCCCCGCCCACCUGAAGCUGCCCAACGGACUGUCAAACCCUAAUGUCAUCUUCACCAACAUGAGUAUCCACACAUCAACCAUUUGCCUGCAUCAAGCUGCCAUCUUCAAAGCUGAUAAGAACAAGCUUGCGGCCUCGGUCAGCUCAGAAAGUAAAGUGCGUUGCAUUACGGCUGCAAACGAAAUUGCCAGCAUCAUGAGGACGAUUUCUCAUAUGGACUUGUCAUCGAUGAAUCCGUUUAUUUCUUUCUGCCUCUAUGUAGCAGCUCGAGUUUUUGUUCAGUAUCUGAAGAGUCGCCCAGAUGACGCGCAAACGGCCGAUUCAUUGCGAUUUCUCCUAUCAGCGAUGAAUGCUCUGAAACGACGGAACCCAUUAACAGAGUCUUUCUUGGUACAGCUUGAUGUAGACUUUGAAGCGCUCGCUAUGCGUAUUCCGAAACUGAGAAACGCCUUCCGCGGCGGAGACAGUCCUCACUUCGGAAGCAAGGUCGAGAAUGCCGGGCCACUUUGUUCUGAUCCUGAGGGUGUUCAAGGAAUCUUGGCUUACCGAGGAGAGUGUCAUUUUAUGAAAACACAAGGUGACGAUGGGAAUCCAGCUACAGCUCCUGACCUAGUCGACAGCCAAGGCGACAACGCGGCCGGACAUGUCUCCGCUGCCAACGCUGGAUUUGGCGGUGGACAGCCCUGGCUCGCGACAGACCAAACGCCGGUGCCCGUGUUGACGCCGAGUUCCGGGACCAUGUAUGAGAAGAGCGGCUCAGCCAGCGGUCACGUUCCCGGCUAUGAAGCAAGUGGCGAUGGUCAUGAUAGAGCAGGCUCGCCUGAAGCCGGACAGUCGAAUGGCCCAACACCAAACUCAACCGGCGCUGCAUCAGACACAAAGUCGCACCUUGCACCCGGAAACCUGGGCGGCUCGGGACGAGAAAAUGGCUUCCACCCAAGUCCCAUCGCGUCCCAGCCAAACUUGAUGAACCAGGGCGCUCCAACGGAUGCCGGCAAUCACCAAGGCUUCUUCGGCGAGUCGCUUACGUUUGCCAUGAACCACAACAUGGCUGGUCAGCAAAAUGGGUUUGCCGUACCGCAAGCCUGGGGACCCGAGAUGAACGGCCAAGCACCACCUCCCAACAUGACACCAGUUGGCGAGGGAGUCCUUCGGGCACUGAUGAACAUGGGACCAAUGGAUGCCAUGGACCUGUCAUCGUGGGACUCGGGGCAGGAUAGUGCCAUGCGAGGUUGA